AUGUCUGCCCGUUCUCCCGAUCCUUUCGGCCAAAAAGUGCCCUCCGGGGAGGGGGAUGAAAACCCCGCUUUUUCUAUUUCUUCCUCGUCGGAGGAGGGACCCUACUUCUCCCCCUCGGGCAAACUCUUAGAACGGCCCAAGAAGAGGGGCAGAAAAGAGGUUUCGUCUUCUGCGAGAAGUGGUUCUCCUUCCCUAUCUGAAGGACGAGAUUUGGAUGACCAAUGGGGACCUAGUACUUUAAGCGAGACAUAUCUGAAUAACUUAGUUCGCGACAUAGGCCUCCCUACCAAUGUCGAAUUGAUUCUUCCUUCGCGAGAUGAUCGCCCUCUAAACCCUCCUUUAGGUUUUAGCACUUGGUUUUCGGAGCAAUUCUACUUCGGUCUAUCUUUUCCUAUCUCGCCCUGGUUUUCCGAGAUUGCCCAAUUAUGUAACGUGUCCCUUAACCAAUUCCACCCUCACGCCAUAAUAAUCAUGACCGGAUUCCGCAUGCUGUGCGCCUGGUCGGGGGUGAUUCCCACACCAGCUCGCUUCCGGAGUGUGAUGGUAUUAAAGAAUUCGAGUCCUUUCCAUGUCUCUAUCUCGGCUCGACCGGGUUUUAAGAUUCUGAUGCCACCUAAUAAAACCGAUGGGUGGCAAGGUCAUUAUUUCUUUGCCAGAAAUCCUGUCGACACGCCCUAUUUGUGUCCUUGGCUCGCCACCCUGCCUGAAAAGAAAAGGGGGAAACCUUUGGCGGUUGACGAUUGUUUGUUAAAAAUGAUAUCCCACUUUCAACCGAGCCACGGCGUCCCUGAUAGCCUCACCAGCUUUCCGCCAAUGCUUCGCCACUUUCGUUUUCACGACAACGGCACGUAUUCUCUAACUCGGGAAGAUUUAGAUCUAAGGAUGAAGAGGAUGUUCCGAGGUGACAAGCCGGCUACCCGUCCCUCCGAUCCGGAACCUGGGUUCGAGGCGUCUGAAUUUCAGCGCCCUCUAAUCGCUGAAUCCGAGAAAAGACCCUCGGAGGAAGGGGCUCUAAGGCCCAGGCCAUCGAAGAAAAACGCCGCUCCUCCUCGCGCCCGUGGUGGACCUGCUUCGCGAACUGAGGACUCUGAACCUCCUAAACAAUCCUCCGCGAUAGUUCUCGCCCCGUCACCGCCUCCUUCUUCGACCGAAGAGGUGGUAGAGAAAGAACCUGCUUCGAAGAAACGGAGGUCUGAGCUGGCCCUUGGGGCGGCUGGGUCAUCUUUACCGGCCGACUUUGGACUGUACCUCUGCCGGAAUGCUGAAAACGCUAUUGCUGCGUGCCGGUCCUUGGCAUUCCCCACCGAUGUCGCCCACUUCGGGCAAAUGAGUAAGGGCGACCGACUUGAGUUGCUUCUUCAUAACAUUACACAGCAAUUCGCCAUCGCCUUUUCGGGUCCCCUGGGGUGGGAUGAUGUUUCACGCGAGGCGUAUGAUAAUCAGAGGAAAGAGGUGAUGCAGCUCCGGAAGGAAGUCCGGGGCUUGAAGGAGAGUUUGGGAGUGUCGGAGUCCUCGAAGGAGGGGCUGUUUGCCGAAGUGAAGAGGCUGAAAGAGAGAGAAAAAAUCCUUGAGGCUGAAAAAGACUCCCUUGUAUCCCAUAAUGCCAAUUUGGAGGAGAAAGCUAAGGGGCUUUCCAACGAGCUGUUCGCAGCUGGAGUACAGGCCUCCACCAAUUUCACCGAAGGGGUGAAAGAGGGGCAAAGGUUGUUCCCGGGGUCGCCUGAGGGUCUUCGCUUCAUCGAGGAGUUUGUUCGCCGCUUCUUUCACCGAUUGUGGCGUUCCACCACGUUUACUCGAGAAGCUUCAGGCUUAGCUCGUUUCUUCUUUUCGUCGGCGGUUGCGGCUGUUCGGAAGAGGUUAGGCGGUGCCGGCAUCGAAUUCCCGUUGGUGGAAAAUGAACUGGCAGAGGACCUCCCCGACGACGUGUUCCGGGUUUUGAGGGGGAUGUAA